AUGGACAAUUUUACUUGCAAGGUUGAAUUCAAUGAUGAUGUUGCAGACAUGCUACGACAAACAAAGCUUAUAAUAUGGGAUGAGGCACCAAUGGUACAUAAGUAUGCAAUAGAAUCGCUUGACAGAAAUUUGAAAGAUGUUAUGAGUGCAAAGAAAAAUUCCAACGAUGUAUUUGGUGGAAAGGUUGUUGUUUUCGGUGGUGAUUUUAGACAGAUUUUACCUGUCGUCCCCAGAGGCAGUCGUUCCGAUAUUGUACACUGUGCCAUAAAUGCAUCUUACAUAUGGAAUUCAGUUGAGGUAUUAACAUUGACAAGAAACAUGCGGCUUCAAACAGGAUCAACACAGACUGAUAAAAAUGAAAUAGCACAGUUUUCAGAUUGGCUUUUAAGAAUAGGAGAGGGCCGAAUAUCUGAGCCUAAUGACGGCACCGCCGAAAUCGACAUACCACCUGAUAUUUUGAUAACAGAAUUUGAUGAUCCGAUUGUGGCCAUUGUCAAUACCACAUACCCUGAUUUCAUAAAUAAUUUCCAAUCCGUUGAUUACCUUAAAAUCAACAAAGCAGGAGAAAUUCGUGACUACUACAGCGCAAAUUCAGUUGACAAGUAUGAGAUUCAUGACCCAAUAGUAGUUGAUAUCCUCACGCCAGAAUUUCUAAGUUCCCUCCGAACAUCAGGUUUGCCUAACCAUCACUUAAAACUAAAGGUUGGGACACCUAUAAUGCUCAUGAGAAACAAAGAUCAAUCUGAAGGUUUGUGUAACGGCACAAGGCUGUGCAUAACAAAGAUGGCAGCCCAUGUACUCGAGGCUUCAAUAAUGGGCGGUAAAGGUUUAGGAAAUUUGGGACAGUCAUUGGAUAACGUCGGUUUGUACAUACCAAGAGAUGUAUUUACACACGGUCAGAUUUAUGUUGCAUUGUCAAGAGUAACAACAAAAAAGGGAAUCAAAAUACUGAUACAUGAUGAAGAAAAGAAAUUCAAGGGGAAAACUACAAAUGUUGUGUAUAAAGAGGUUUUUAACAAUAUCUGA